AUGCAAAGGGCUUUGGAAGAGAUUCGGGAGGCUCUCGGCCAUGACGACGUCAUUUCCACCGAUCCCGAGGACUUGUGGGCGCAUGGUUACUCUGAGUGGUCGACGACUAAUCCGGAUGGCCUUCCGGUUGCUGUGGCGUAUCCGCGGUCGACCCGGGACGUGUCCAUCCUGGCCCAGAUAUGCUACAAGUACAAGGUCCCCGUCAUUCCGUACUCUGGCGGGUCUAGCCUGGAGGGCAACUUUUCCGCCCCGUACGGCGGCAUCAGCGUCGACUUUGCAUUUAUGGACAAGGUUGUCCAGUUCAACAGAGACGACAUGGACGUCGUUGUGCAGCCUAGCAUCGGCUGGCAGGACUUGAACGAGCAGCUCGCUAAACAGGGCAGCGGCUUGUUUUUCCCCAUCGAUCCUGUCAAAUAUGGCACCAUGAAGGACUGGGUCAUCAAUCUUACCGUUGUGCUCGCCGACGGCACCGUCAUCAAGACUAGGCGACGGCCUGGAAGUCUUCGGCGGGCUACCCUCAAGCUUGCGGUUGUGCCGGAGGAUCUCUCCGUCGCCGUGGUGCCCUUCCCCUCUAUCCGAGACGCCGCAUCUGUUGCGGCUGAGGUGAUGCAAACCGGCAUCCCCAUCGCCGCCAUGGAAAUCAUGGACGAAGUGCAGAUGAAAGUGUUUGCUGGCACCAAGAGUAGCGUGCGCGAAAACAUCAACCAGGUGAAGCGCAUCGCCAAGGCGCACAAGGGUGGCGAGUUUGAGUUUGCCAAAGACGAGCAGGAGCAAAAGCUUUUGUGGUCGGCCAGGAAGGAGUCUUUGUGGUCCAUGCUUGCCCUGAGGAAAGAUGGGGAGGAAGUUUGGAGCACCGACGUUGCUGUCCCUUUUAGCAGGCUCGCCGACAUCAUUGAGGUGAGCAAGAAGGAGAUGGACGAUCUCGGUCUCUUCGCGAGCAUUCUGGGUCACAUUGGCGACGGCAACUUCCACGAGAGCAUCAUCUACAACCGCACCAAGAAAGAGGAACGCGACAAGGUCGAGAAAUGCGUCAAGAAUAUGGUCAAACGAGCCAUCGACAUGGAGGGGACCUGCACGGGAGAGCACUCCGUCGGAUGGGGCAAGAAGGACUCUCUUCUCCUUGAAGUUGGGCCUGAUACGCUCGGUGUUAUGAGGGCGAUCAAGAGAGCGCUUGACCCUCACUGGAUCAUGAACCCAGGCAAGAUCAUGGAUGUGCCUUGA